AUGGCGUCGUCUACUCGAAAUCGAAAGCGUAAACAAUUGGGGGAUGGCGUUGUUCCGUUUGAGUUUCGGUUUCAGACCCAGAAGAGCGAGAGGUCUUCUAGGGUUUUGGAGAGCCAACGGAUAGUAGCCGUGGAUGAAAAGGCAACUGCUUCUCUUCCUCUGCGCAAGGGUUUCUCACCCAAACAGGGCAAGACCAUCCCUUUGGCUUCGACUGCUAGAAAGCGUAGACAAUCGGAGGAGCUAGGGUUUGAUGGUCUCUGUCAGACCCAGAAGAGCAAGAGGCAAAAACUAGGUUUUGAUUUUGAUUGUUCUGAAAUUUUGGGUUAUCUGAUGAACCUCCGCCAUGUGAGUAGGUACUUUGAGAAGCCUGCCGAGAAUUUGCCGGGUUAUUUCCAAGAAAUCUGGAGGCCCAUGGAUUUCGGUACUGUGAAAUCCAAAUUGGAGAGGGGUGUCUACUCCAGCGCUGAUGGAUUUGCGGCUGAUGUAAGGCUUACCUUGUCAAAUGCUUUAAGAUAUUAUUCGGAUGGGAGGAUUGAGCGUGCAGCAGCCAAGCAUCUCAGUGGUGUUUUUGAGAGCAAAUGGAAAGAAGCCGUGGAGAAAAACCCCAAGUCUUUUUGUCCUCCUCCUCUGCCCAAAGUCAAGGGUUUGGCAGUGUCACCCAAACUGAAACAGGGCAAGACCUCUUCUCCUUCUAGCUUAGGGCUUGAGGUUUCUAAUUCUCAGUCAGUUGAUUCAACCAAACACGAUGACUUGCCCACCCUUGUUGAUCAUGCCAUGGAUCAGGCCUCAGAGAAUCUUUCUCCAUGUAAGGCUACCCGAAUUCAUGCACUAAAGCUACGUUUUUCAAGUACAAUAUUGAAAGCAAAUAAGAUACUUAAGGGUGUACCUGAUUCUCCACCAAGGAGAAAAUCGAUGCAGCGGAUGAAGCAAAGGGAGUCGGCUCGCCGUGCCAUUUCAAACAUGGAGAAGUCAGUGCAAUUUGGGGACCCUUUACAGGAUCUCAAACAACUUGAGAUGCUGUGUGGCUGUGGCAGUGAAGAUCCGUUUCUACAGGUCAGCCUCGGAUUGCCUCUUAAGAAAUUGGGUGUAUACCUUAAGCAAGAUGAUGAGUUGCAAGGUCAAGAUGAAGAGGCCUUUUUGAAUGGAGAUUGGGAGGAAGGAGAGAUCUGGUGGGAGGAAGGCGAGAUUUGUUCAUGA